CGCUAGGGCGGCGCGCACACGGCCGCCGCCAGCCGCCCGCUCAGUACGUUCGUGUGAUCGCUCUCGCUGCGUUGCACUCGACGCCUUGCGUCUGCGGUCCAGUGCACUCUAUUAUCUACGCCGCUGAUUCCGCGAGGCAGGUGAGGUUGGGGCCCAGCGUGGCCCCGGCCGCUUAGAUUUUGUGCCCGUCUCGGUAUUGAUCGUUUAACUCGUCUGACUAUUUCAAUGUUUAUAAACAGCCGGCCGCAUCCAUUCGCUCCCUGUUGUUUUUGAUACGUCCGCCUGACAGCGCGCGAUCCGGACGGCUGAUCCUGAAUGCACCGGCCGCACCGGCGGCGGCUACGCACCGAUCGGAUUCAGUGCACUUAACUUCACCGCAAGGCAGAAAAAAGUCGAGAUUGUCUAGAAGAAUAACAUUAAGAGAGAUUAAAAUUUUGGAUCUCUACCGUGUGUCAAGAUAUUAACAACGUUCAGUGGUAAAGAAUAGAACGUAGCAAAAUAAUUUUGUAAAUAUGGACAGUGUUAUUACGCAAGUUUUAUAUAACACGUGGAUUUAAAGCUGUGGGGGAUUUGAUGCGGUUGAAGAGCAGAGAUUAGACAGCGAUGCUGUCAUACAUGGUGCCGGUGGAGGAGAAGCCGCCGCCGGUGCCGGGCAAGGGCCGGCUGGCGCUGGAGCUGGUGGCCAGCCCGGCGAGCCCGGCCAGCCCCGAGCCGACCGCGCGCCGCGCUCGCUCCACCAUCACCAACAUCUCCAAAGAGUCCUCCACGAGCUCGUUCGCCAGCGAUCUUACUAUAUCGUCGUCGACGCCCACCGGCGCUCACGAAAAACCAAAACAUAAAUUGCUUGGAAAUGGAACUAAACACACUUCACUGAAGAGGGUGUCGUUCGGGAGCUCAAAGGGGUCGAUGGUGGAGACCCUAAUUUACGAGAGUCCCCUACAAGAGGAGCCGGAAAGCAGCCCGCCGCCGAAAGUGCAGGAGACGGCGUUCCCCUACACACCCGUCGAAGACGAUUCGGAGCGCUCUAAGGUUCGCGUGUCAUUCUACCAAGGGGCACGGCCGCAGUGCUUGUCCCCUCCGCCGCCGAUCCCGCAGACAGAUUCCCACGUUCUGUACGCGGCCCUGCUCUCCGCCGCCGCUAACGCAGACAUGGCGGAUCACACAAUGUAUAACAGACAGAUCAGUACGGAAAGCGGAUGGGACAACCCGUUCCGUCCGGACGGCGAUCUGAGCCGCGAGGCCGACGAGAUCGUGUCGCUGAUCAAAGGCGGGAAGCCGAUCACCCCGACCCCGCCGCCGGCCGCCGUGCCGCAGCUGCCCGUCUGCGAAGAGAAGGAGGAGAAGACACAAGCGAAUAACGUUAACGCGAACGCUCCAUCGUCGCCGGUGGGCAAGGCGGCGUCUCCGGUGCAGGGCAGCACGCCGAAGCCCAUGAACGGCACGCAGAACGGCGGCGCGGGCGAGGCGCGCGCCGGGCCCGUGGAGGUGCAGCGCUCGCCGCCGCAGGAGCCGCAACAGCCCGAGCACGUCACCAUCCGCAAGAAGCCCAAGUGCAAGUGCUGCGCCAUACAGUAGGCGCCGCCCGCCGGACGCACUCGCUUCACACCGGUAACACGCUCUGCGCUAUGCUUCGUACGGCGUACUGCCAACCUUGGUGUUUACUCGGUGCUAAGUAUUUCAUCUCAAACAUGUCAUUAUGUUCAUUGAAAUAUUUAUACUACCAUAGGUACUAUUUACAAAACAUAGGUUGAUUGUACCUACUAUUUACAAAAUUCAUUGCAAGUAUGGCAGCUAUUUUUAUGUAACCUUUACAUAUUGUCGUGUUAGUUUCAGUGUUUCAUUAAUUACUAUAUAGAUAGCAGUGUCAUUGUAUCUGUUAUCUUAAUUAAUGUUUUUGAUAUGAUUUUACGUACUAAGUUUUUAUUAAACUUUAUUAGGGUACAAACAUUAAAGUAUUUAUUUUGUUUAGCUAGUCUGAGGAAAUUGUAGUUUGAAAUGUUGAUUAGUUUUCAGGCUAUUUAAAUUAUUGUUUUACCUUUAAAGACGAGUGUGCACUCUGUGCAUGGAAGGCAAGAAUGUAUUUCGGUAAUUCGUAGAGAAUCUCAAAACUUAUUGAGAGGAAGGAGAGAAAAGUAAAGCUCUAUAUCAAAACAAAUCAUCAUAAUGUUAUUUCCAGGUUUGCUCAUUUUAAUCAAUUGAAUGAUUCAUAAAAAUAUCAUGACUAAAAGUAAUCGUUUAUUUAAAAAAUCUGUUACUUUAAGAGUUGACUAUGUGUUGAGUAAUAUUAAAAUACAUAAUUUAAAUGUAUAUUUUUAUAUCUUUAUUUAUAAAAAAAGUAUUAUAAACCAUACGAAGUGGAUAAACCGUAUCGAAGUUGUCAUUGAUGGUAGCUAAUAGAUGAUUCGACAAAUGUAUUUUUUCCUGUUAAUGUUAUCCAAGAAUACUAUUGGCAUCUACAACCAGUAAGUAGUUCGGGCAGAUGUACAGAUAAAACAUUUGUGAUUUGAUUCCCGAACGUACUGCUCUGGAAAGAAGACCAUAUUGCGAGUGACAGACAGUCAAGAAACUCUGCUCUUUCUCUGAUUAUAUGACACAAACAGAGAAAGGUUUGAAUCUAUAAUAUAGCAACGAUUAAGGAAAAACAAUUGCAUUAAGGCAGGCAACAUUAAGUCUCGUUUUUAUUGCUUCAGAGACUCAUCUUGUUUGAGAGCGAGUAACUGGAGGUCAUUUGCCAAUGGCGUUCGUGGGUGGCGUACGUAAAUACCUAUAGAUUACGUGUAGCUAAAUGUUAUAACUGUUAUAUUAUUAAAGUAGCCUCCUACAUAAUUCCACGCUUGCGUCCAGUAGUGUUGACACUCAACCUUUUUAGAUGAUGACGAUAUUGUGGUUACUGAGCAGACGAUGAGAUAAUUUUAAUGAGCCUAUUUAAAUUACAUAUUGAAUUUCUUCUACAGAAACAACAAGACUGUAUUUAUUUGCUAAUUAUACUUGGCAGCGUAAUGGAUAACUGGUUAGUGAAAGUGGUGACUAGCUAUUACUAUACUAAAUAAAAGGCUAAACGGCUUUAUUGUUUUAUAGUAGUCGCUGGCGGUAAAGUGUGACGGAGUCAUAUUUGUAUACAUGACGAAUUUGAAUAACUAAGGUAGUUUCUGCUGAGAAAUAGAAUUAAAAUAAAAUUAUGUAUAUUACAAA